AUGCCCGAGUGGAUGAUGAACCUCAAGAUGAGUAACGUCAGCAAUGGCCUUGGCAAUGAGUCUGCGCGUCAAGCGGCUGCCGCCCGGUACAUUCUUCCACCACGAGACGGCGACUUCUUGCGUAAAGCCAUUCCGACUCUGAGAGCAAAGCUCUCCCUAGUCCAUCUCUUGCUGCGCGAGGAAACGGGACUCGGCUUUGCUAAUCUCAGCCCGCAAAUCUUCGCCAUAGCCCAUUUGUACAACUGCUUCCAAAAGCGAGGCUGGAUCAACGGGCUCUGGCCGGAGCUUGAGCUCAUCAUGGACCGGCAUUCGAAGAAGAUAUUCUCCACCGCGAUACCCACCAAACCGGAUGAGUUUUACUCGCGCCUGCUGCUUGUAGCCGGGUACUCAACCACGUUCAUCAAGAAAACUCGGAAUACGGACAAGGACGUUUACAGUCGCCGCGAUUUUGGGAAAGGCACCCACAAGACGUGCGAGUUGGAACCGCUUCCGAUGACGAAGAUUCUCCGCGACUAUGUCCACCAGAGGGAAACGGGAGUGCGCACCUGGUAUCGCAUGGAUGAGGAGAUGGCCAAGCACAGUAAAGUCUCUUCGCGGACGCAAGGUUCUGGCGACCUGAACAUCUUGUCAUUCAUCAAAGAGCUUCGCAACUCGGAAGAGCUUCCUCGCGUUCUGGACCGCCUGGAAUUUGACUACAUCAGUUUAACGCUGCAAUGCAACGAGCUUUGCGAGAAGAUCGAUACCGAACAAGCACAGCUUAGCGCUACUGGAGGGAAAAUACACAAAGAGGCGGACUGGAAGUCGCCUACCAGCGACGGUUUCAUGAUUGUGGCAACGCUCCUUGGAGAUCUCGACCGCGUUGUGAUGAAGAAGAAGCGCAAUCCCAAGGGAAACAUGGACAUGGCAGAUACGACCAUUGUUGUUGACGCAGCUGUUCGAGUGAUACAAGGCUUUCUAGAUGGGCUGGAGAAGUAG